CUUAGAACAGCGGAUAGUUACAGCGUAGUAUUGUUUCAAAAGAAUUUUAGCGGCCGGGGGUGGUGAAGCUAGAUUGCAAAGCACAUAACUAGAAAAGGGUUGAGCAAAGCUGAGCAUAUAAAAAUGAAUGAUCCCCCCGGCUCUACUUCUACUUCUUCUUCUUUCCUUCAACCUAAUUCAUUUCUCAUUUUGUUCGUUAAAUUUCCUCUUCGGCUUUUGACACUUGCAGUGGUUGAUCUCUCCUUUCCCACCAAGUGAUCGGACAUUCAUUUCAUAUCUAUUAUCUUGGAACCUGUAGUAGAAUCGAAACUUAGCAAUGAAGUUCCUUUCCCUCACCCUGAUGACCCUUGCUGGGCUUCUUACCAGCACUCUGGCUUUGCCCAAUCCAACCGAACUCGGCCUCAGCGCCCGUGGGGGGCCCGCUCUGGAUUGCUAUGACCACAGAUACAAGGGGCACAAGUUUGCCGCCAACGGGAGAUAUGCCAUUCGAGAGGCUGGCAAGAAGCGGGAUAAUAUCAAGGGGAAGAACAUCUAUGAAGUUACAAAGAAAUAUUGCCAUCAGAACAACGGCCAUCGAUUCACGCGCCGCUCUUCCAAGAAGGAAAAUACCUACUGGUUCCAAAACGCAUGGAAAAACUUCCCGUUGCCCUUUGUCCCGAUGGGCAUCGAAAUCAUCAAUUACGGGAAAGCGGGGCGGAUCAAUGCGAAGGUCUGCACGGAUAUGAUGGCCAGGCUCAUUUCGGGUUGCAUUGCUCAGAAGGCGUCUCGGCUAAACCAUUUCAGAGGUGGACUAUUGUCAGACGGAUCUGGGUGGACUUACCACAUAUACUGUGACGCAGACUACUGUUGGUCCUGAGGGUUCGUUCCAACGGGUUGCGUCCUGGGGGUGGCGCAUCAUGUAUCGACUUAAGCUUGUCUCGGUCCCUUAUUUAGUGUAUUGCUUCUCUUAUUUUGUAUUUGCUCUCCUUUUGUGCUUCUUGGCACAAGUGGUAUGAGGUCUUCAUUCUUUGGCCUUUAAUAACUCGGAUUUUUAACAGCUAGUUUAUUUCCUGUAAUAAUAUUACUAUCGAAGUCAGUGCUGUUGCUUAGAUACACCCCAAGGUGAGUGUGGAGAAAAAAAAAAAAAAGAAA